UAUUGGCGGUUCUGCGCUUGCGCGAGGAGCGCCACCAGCUCAGUGCGCGUGCGCACUGCGAGUCGAAGUGCUUGGAAUAAGCGGUCACAGCAGAGUUACUGCUCCCUGGGGUAGAGAAGUGACAACACCGGAGGUGCGAGAGGAGGCGGCAGUUUUCUCCGCAGCGACGAGACCGACUUCGACAGCGGCCGGGCAGUAGUCGAAGGCCGGGUCCGGCAUGUCCCGAGUGUCGCGCUGCGGGCAGUGAGGUGCGCGGCGAGCGGGAUGGGUCGGCGGCGGGUGCCGGAGCUGUACCGGGCCCCGUUCCCGUUGUACGCGCUUCAGGUCGACUCCAGCUCGGGACUGCUCAUCGCUGCGGGCGGAGGAGGCGCCGCCAAGACCGGCAUAAAGAAUGGCGUGCACUUUUUGCAGCUCGAGCGGAUUAAUGGGUGUCUGAGCGCCUCCUUGCUACACUCCCAUGACACUGAGACACGGGCCACCAUGAACUUGGCACUGGCGGGUAACAUCCUUGCCGCAGGGCAGGAUGCCCACUGUCAGCUCCUGCGUUUCCAGACCAAUCAGCAGAAGGACAAAAACAAGGCAGAGAAGGCAGGUUCCAAGGAUCAGGCGCCUCGACAGAGGAAGGGAGCAGCCCCAGCAGAGAAGAAACCUGGAGCUGAAACCCACCAGGAGGGGGUAGAACUCAGUGUCCAGAAUUUGCAGGCAGUGCAGACAGACUUCAGCCCAGAUCCUUUGCAGAAAGUGGUGUGCUUCAACCACGAUAAUACCCUGCUUGCCACUGGAGGGACAGAUGGCUGCGUUCGUGUCUGGAAGGUGCCCAGCCUGGAGAAAGUGCUGGAGUUCAAAGCGCACGAAGGGGAGAUUGAGGACCUGGCUUUUGGGCCUGAUGGCAAGUUGGUAACUGUGGGCUGGGACCUUAAGGCCUCCGUGUGGCAGAAGGAUCAGCUGGUGACACAGCUGCACUGGCAGGAGAACGGACCCACCUUCUCUAACACGCCUUACCGCUACCAGGCCUGCAGGUUUGGGCAGGUUCCAGAUCAGCCUGCUGGGCUUCGACUCUUCACUGUGCAGAUACCCCACAAGCGUCUGCGCCAACCCCCACCCUGCUACCUCACAGCCUGGGAUGGCUCCACCUUCUUGCCCCUUCGGACCAAGCCCUGUGGCCAGGAAGUCGUCUCCUGCCUUAGUGUCAGUGAAUCGGGUACCUUCCUAGGCCUGGGCACGGUCACUGGCUCUGUUGCCAUCUACAUAGCUUUCUCUCUCCAGCGCCUCUACUACGUCAGGGAGGCCCAUGGCAUCGUGGUGACAGAUGUGGCCUUUCUGCCUGAGAAAAAGGGUCGUGGUCCAGAGCUCCUGGGGUCCCAUGAAACUGCCUUGUUUUCUGUGGCUGUGGAUAGUCGUUGCCAACUGCACCUACUGCCCUCACGGCAUCACAUGGAGGGCCAGCUCUACUCCUGGACCUGACUGAGCCCCAGCCUCUGUCUUACCUCAUGAGUAAGGAAGCCCAUCUUGCCCUGUCACCCCCUCCCACCUGCCCUGACCCUACCUGUCCACAACACGACAGAGUGCAGCAGUGAGGCGCUGAUUAAAGAGUAAUGAGUUGAGUGGGGUCUCCAGGGAGCGGGUGGUUUCAAAGGAAUCCCAGCAUGCAGAUAGAGUCAGUGCUGCCACCAGCCCUGAGGCCUGUCCCUUUCGUGCCAGGUGGUUCAGCACUAGUAUCCUGCAGGUUGGCCAGGGGCCGUGAGAGAAGGGUUUGCGUUAGUGAUUUGGGACAGAGGAGAGGGGGAGCAAAUGUGGAGGAGGAAAAAAAGACUGGGCGUUUGGGUUAAGCCCAGGCAGCCUUUACCCUCCCAAAGAGAUGCCCACGGCCAUCAGAGGAGCAUGGGAGUAGCGGUGCUUUAUGUGGCUCACAACUGUCUCCAGAUCUUCAGUAUUGCUGGCACAGAAAGUCCUGUGGGUCUGAGGCAAACCAGAUCACAGGUAAGGAGGGAAGCCUUGGCCAGAAGGCAGAAAAGUAGACGGGCUCAAAGAUGGGUAGGCAAUGCCCAGGGCCCAGCAUCUCUGAGGGAGUAGGGUAGAGGGCCUCUGCGAGAAAGGCGGGGACUCACCAACAGUUCUUCCCCACGGCAGCCUCGGUUAUUAAAUACAACAGCCCUGUGGCACACACAGUUCUUAGUUAGCCAUGGCCUCUAGAAGCCCACCCCGUCUGGUAGCCUUCGGCUGGCCCUCCCUUCAGUCUCAGUCAGAAGGCGCCUUUCAUAUACUUCCCAGGUCUGACUUCACCUCCCAGUUAGAAAUUACAUCACCCGCUCCAGGGCUGUGCCCAGCCUUACCUGUAGCCAUCCUUUACAGCUUGGUUAACUAGAUGCAACAUGUAUUUUUCCUGGCUGCUGCCGGUGAUGCCAGGCAGCAGUAAUAUAACGGGCCGGGUGGUUGGGUCAGGGAAGAGACAGCUGUCGGGUAGGCCAGCCCAGUCUAGCAGGAGCUGUCCUCCAUCUGGGGUUUGGAUGAAUUCACUGCAGUUUUGUAGAAAAAGGCACACAAAGAUACUAUUAGGAACAUCUUGCAUUUCAAAAGGUUUAUCGCCUGUAUAUCCUCAAACAACUAGCAACUUCCCAUCAACAGCAUUUGAGGGCGUGCUCUAUACAAAACAUUAAGAUAAAACCAGGUUGCAGUAGGAGCAUAAAAGGUUGAAUAUUACCUCAGGAUUGUGCAAUGAGAGAGCUUUCCACACAGCUACUCUUUACCUUCAAUACUCUGAGGUAGAUGGGGCAAAGAACCAUUUUCUUUUUCUUUCUUUUUUUUUUUAAAGAUUUAUUUUUUAUUUAUUUAUACAAGCACUGGGUACAGUCAGAAGCACGGGAGGGUGAGAGAAUUCACCAGAGCCAGAGCGGGGAGCAGA